GUGGGUCUUUUCGCCGCCGCCGUUCAGAACACCCUUACCAAGAGGAACGUUGGGCCAUGGGGUGUCUUCGUGAAGAGCGGUAGCACUAUCGGAGUUUUCGCCGCAAUGGGUUGUACCUACGAGUUUGUGAAGACCGCAUCCGCCAAUCUGCGCGAGAAGGACGACCAUUACAACGUCGCUCUCGGCGGCUUCUUCUCGGGCGCUAUCCUGGGUCUCCGUGCCCGCUCCUUCCCUGCCGUUUUGGGUUACGGCGCUGCUCUGGCGACUGCCAUGGGCGCCUUCGAGUAUACCGGUGGCAGCCUGUGGGGAUACAAGAAGGACCUUGAAGUGGAUGAAUUCGACCGCCGGGAGCAAUUGAGGAAGGCGUACAGAACGCCUGCAGAACAGACCUUUGAGGAGUUAGGCGAGGGACGAGGUAUCUUUGCUCCCGGAUACGCGGAGAGACGCCGGGACAGGAUCAAGGAGGCCUAUGGCAUCGAUGUUCCCACAACCCAACCUUCCGCCUCAUGAGAUGCUCAAUUUAUUUCGAUGUUUUUUAUCAACUUCGCAGUUUCGUCUCUUAUUGUAGAUUACGUUGACAUACCAAAUGCACUCAGCUAGCACCCCUAACAAUCGGAGCGAUUUCCCUGCCUUCCCAUUUGACUUUAAGCCAUUUCUAUUGACACAAAUUAAAGCAGUGGAUUCAGUCAACUCCCCACGCCUUAUAUUUAUAUCAUGUCUUUUUUGUGGUUAUAUCGAUUUUUCUCACAAAUAUCGAGCUUUCAAACGCCUGGGACUCGGCAUGCUUCUGAUUUAACUACACAGUCAU